AUGACUGAUUCUUACCAAGGCUAUCAAUGUUACCCUCAUGGAGGUGGACUUAGGAAAGCAACAGAGUUAAAAUUAAGGAACGUGGUCACACAUCUAGAAAUGACAGGUUCAACCCAGGAAGACCUUCAAAAAAAAAACAUGGAAAAGUUGAGAGAGGGGUUCAGACUGUGUCCCAUGGAAAGUCAGCAAAAAGGAGCAGAGAAGCAUGCUGCAAUAAGCCCUUUGGGUGGAGAGCCUGCUGUAGGUGUGAUGGAUGAUACAGUCAUCAGCAAUACCCAUUACCCUAGAUUUUCCCAAAUUCUCUAA